AUGAACUUCAAAAUUGACUGGAGCCAUUCGAAGGGCAAGGCCGGUUCGUCCGGCUCGGAUGCCACUACGACCACGAACGACGGCACUUCGAUGAAUGUCCAUACGACGAGCGCAGACAGAGGGACAGCCAUGGACGAUCAUGACGGCAAGCGGAGCCAGACCAGUUCACCCGGCAACUUUAUCUCCCGGUCUUGGUCCUGGGCGCGGUCGAGCAAGAAGUCGAGCGGAUCCGACAAGGCCGAGAGCAGGAGCAAUGGCCGCGGCAGCAGAACGGCACAGGCCAAGAGCCAGACGUCGACGGCAAACUCAUCUCGCAUCUUUGGCGACCAUCACAUCAAUGUUGACAGCGAGCGACGACGACAGCGCGACGCGCUCGACUCCUUCACCUUCACCUUUGGCCGGACGUAUUCGCGGCGCGAGAGCGACAUCUACAGCAUCAGCCCGAGAAACUCCUACCAGGUCAUUUUUGACGUUGUCGAUGACUGA